AUUCUCGCUGGUUCUAUCCAUUCGCUACCAGUGCGUCUAUGAGCUGCUUGGAAAUGGACCUCAGCGCAUCUCGGUAUCAUACCCAGCGCGAUCAGCGUGCCAGUCAAGAAGCGACAUGACAGCACACAACCGGGAAAAGAUCAGCCGCCCCCUGCGGCUCUCCGCACUCUCCGGGCCGGGCAAAGGUAUUCUCCGCUAUGCCGUGUUGUUGGCGGUCUGCGGGCUCUGCUACACCAACUCUCUACGAGGGGAGUUCGUGCACGACGAUGUGUGGGCAAUCACCAACAACCCGGACGUCAGACCUGGCUCCAGCUUGAGGAGCAUCUUUAACAAUGACUUCUGGGGGAAGAGGAUGUCCGAUAACACCAGUCACAAGUCCUACAGACCACUGUGCAUCCUCACCUUCAAGCUGAAUAUUGUGCUGGGUGGGAUGGAGCCGUUCUACUUCCACGUGGUCAACGUGUGUCUGCACUGCGCUGUGACUGCCCUGCUCAUGCACACGUGCGAGUGCUGUGUGUUCGACGACAGUCGCCUGGCCUUCCUCACCGCCCUCCUCUUCGCUGUGCACCCCAUCCACACAGAGGCAGUGUCUGGAAUUGUUGGGAGGGCAGACGUGUUGGCCUGCCUGCUAUUUCUCCUGACGUUUCUCUCCUAUAUUAGGAGUGUGUCCGUGUGGGGGUCAGAGGAGGCCAUCCCUGGCACCGCGUCACCCAGCUCGCUGCUCAUGAGUCUGGGACUGGGCACGUGCGCCAUGCUGGUCAAGAGACGGGCAUCACUCAAAGAGACGGGCAUCACUGUCUUUGCCGUGUGUGUGCUCUACGAUGCCCUGGUGCUGUGCCGCAAGCCUUUCCUCCUGCACCUCUCGUGCUGGCGGCUGAAGGAGACUCUGAGACUCUGCAGUCCUUUCAUCAAGCGGGCGUGCCUCAUCUCUCUUCAUGUGGCGUUCAUCAUGUCAGUGCGGCUGUGGCUGAUGGGCGGCUCCAUGCCCCUCUUCUCAGAACAGGACAACCCGGCCUCCUUCUCCCCGCACCUGCUGACCAGGUUUCUGACCUACUGUUACCUGCUGGCCUUCAACGCGUGGCUGCUCUUGGCCCCUAUGGUGCUGUGCUAUGACUGGCAGGUGGGUAGCAUCCCGCUGGUGGAGGCGGCGUGGGACGCACGCAACGGGGCCUCUCUGCUCCUGGCCCUGAGCCUGCUGGCCCUCUGCCUGCACUGCGUGCUCUCAUUACAGAAAGUGGAGAAUAGAGAGUUGCUGGUUGGGAUUCUGUUCCUGGUGUUCCCCUUCAUCCCUGCAAGCAACCUCUUCUUCCGGGUGGGCUUUGUGGUGGCCGAGAGGGUCCUCUACAUGCCCAGCAUGGGCUAUUGUAUUCUGGUGGUGCACGGGCUGAACCGGCUGUGUGCGGUGGUGGGCCGCUGGGGCGCGGCUGCCCUCACCGUCUCCAUGCUGCUGCUCCUGCUGCUCUUCUCCUGGAAGACCGUCCAGCAGAACCAGAUCUGGCUCUCCAGGGAGGCCCUGUUCAGGUCUGGCAUCCAGACUUUACCACACAAUGCCAAGGUGCACUACAACUAUGCCAACUUUCUGAAGGACCGAGGAAGAAAUCAAGAGGCCAUCCACCACUACAAAACUGCUCUCAGGCUGUACCCUCGGCAUGCCAGUGCCAUGAAUAACCUGGGCACACUGACCCGCCACCCAGAGGAUGCUGAGCGCUACUACAGGAGAGCCCUGGACAUCAACCCCCAGCACAACAGAGCCUUGUUCAACCUUGGCAAUCUGCUCAAAUCCCAUGGGAAAGAGCAAGAGGCUGAGUUCAUGCUGAGGGACUCCAUCCGCUUUGGCCCACAGUUUGCUGAUGCCUACUCCAGCCUGGCUUCCCUCUACGCUGAGCAGAAGCGAUUUGCUGAGGCCAAUAAGACCUAUCUUCAGGGCAUUGAGAACUGCCCCGACAGCUCAGACCUGCACAAUAAUUACGGGGUUUUCCUGGUGGAUACUGAUGGGGAGCGGGCAGCGGAGCACUACCAGCAGGCUGUGCGUCUGAAGCCAGCUCACUAUGUGGCCAUGGUGAACUUGGGUCGCCUCCUGCGCUCAGCCAAUGACAACAAAGAGGCUGAAUCCUGGUACAAGAGAGCCCUGCAGGUGACGCGUAAAGUGGACAUCCUGACUCCUCUAGGCGCGCUGUACUACAACACCGGCCGCUACGAGGAGGCUCUGCAGGUGUACAGGGAGGCGGCCGUCCUGCAGCCGGACAGCACGGACGUGUGGCUCGCGCUGGCUCAGGUGCUGGCCAUGGCCGGCCGCAGUAAAGAGGCCGAGAAGAUGACCAUGGGGAUCAUAUCCAAAAGCUCGAGCUGUAUCGAGUGUUACCGACUCCUCUCGGCCAUCUACAGCAAGCGUGGGAACCAUACCGAGGCGUUAGAUGCUCUGGAUAAAGCUCUGCAGCAGAACUCAUCUGAUGCCGGCGUGCAGGCCGAGCUUCACUUCUCCAAGGGCAACCAGCUGCGAGAGAUGAACCAGCUGGACCGAGCCUUUGAGAGCUACAAGCUGGCAGUAGAGUUGAAUCCUGACCAGUCCCAGGCCUGGAUGAACAUGGGAGGAAUUCAACAUAUCAAGGGAGACUAUGCAGCAGCAAGGAUCUACUACGAGCGGGCCCUCCUGCUCACACCGGGCUCCAAACUGCUGAAAGAAAACCUGGCCAAGCUGGACCGGCUGGAGAAGAAGCUGCACGGGGGGUUGGGGCCAUAGAGGAGGAGGCCACCGCCGGCCAGUGGACGUCGUUCCUGCAGGGACCAGAGCCGACCUCUGGACAAGGUGGAAUGGGAUUGAGGAGGGCCAGCGUCCCGCAGGCAAUCAAACGCGGAGAGGGAAUGACAUCUGAAUCCUCCAGCCUUCAUGGACCUCAGGAACAGACUGACGAGGCAAUGACUCUACAGAAGUAGGCGUGUCCUGUGUGAAUAAGGAACUGAACCUUUGACUCUCAACACACAUUUCAUUUCCGUUUUAGAGACGUAUACAUGCAGACUCAGAUAUGAGUGAUAAUUGCUUUGGGAGAAAUGGGUCCUACACCAAACAUUAAAAAUCAGUUCAUAUACACUUGCCUGUUUGCCCCAUCAUGUAUCUCUGCUCUGAAACAAUACAGGCCAGGAUGGUACCACAGCCACACUGGGUCAGAAUUUCCACUGUGCCUCUGUGUUCUGUGAACAUGGCACGUGACUUGUAAGAAACUUAAAUGUGUGUGUGUGUGUGUGUGUGUGUGUGUGCGGGUGGGUGAGUAGGUGGUAUAUGGUGUGUGUUUGUGUGUGCAUGUGUUUCAUUGUUUUAUUUUGUAAGGGUGCAGUGUGUUCCUGUUUGUAUUGUGUUGUGUGCACAUGAGGAUGAGAAAGGUGCCCCUUCAAUAAGUGUUAUUCUAUUUUUUGUGUAUUCUUUUAUCAUGAUUGUAAAUGCCAGUUUAUUGUGGAAUGUAUCAAUGAAAUAGGUUAUCAAAUGCUGCCCAUCCUGCAAUGCCAUAAAGAGAAAAUUGCACCAAUAUGUAGAUAGAAUUUUUAAAUGAAUUUCAGUGACUACGGUUAUUGGUGUCCAUGGCAAAUUGGUGUCCAUGGCAACAGAUUCUUUGUGCUUUGCAAUCCAGUACAAAGACCACUGGUUAACUAUGUACAAUUAUUUAAUAAAGCAAUUAAUACGUU